GGCAAAAAUUUACUAAAUGCAGAUAAACGCGGUAUCGAUGGCGCUGUUGACGAUGGUAGACAUUUCUUCGACCGGUAGUUGUCAGUUCUAAUUUAUUAUUUAUUUAUGUGCAUUUUCUGCAAUUAUGAUUAUGCAAGUGUGAAACAGUCUCGAUAAUGUCCUAGGUGUCGUGGAAGUUUACAUACGUAGAUUUAAAAAACAUCUACCUCAGUUGACAUGCAUAUGUUAGUAUCAGUUGACGUAUAAUAUGAACGUGUAUCUGACACGAGUGUUAACAGAAAUGAAUAAUUACAAAUAAGUUAAAUAAUCUGUAUCGAUUAAAUAUCCGGAAAUAAAUAGCUGAUAAAUAUGUUGCUUCAACAGUUGGCUGACUUUUUAAGCCUUGUAACAAUAGGGAUGUGUUUUAUAUUAAAAAUUCCACAAAUUUUAAAUUUACUUUUAGCCAAGUCAGCAGAUCAAAUUUCGAUCUUAGCCCUAUUGUUAGAAUUAACAAGCUAUACUGUGAUGACUAGUUAUAAUUAUACAAAUGGCUAUUCAGUAUUAUCCUACUUGGAAUAUCCAGUUAUUCUGUUACAAGAAUAUAUUUUAAUCUUUCUAGUCUUGAAAUACUUAAACAAAAUAAAUAAAUUCUCAAUUUUAAUCUCAAUACUAUACUUUUCUAUAAGUAUUUCUUUUGCACUGCAACUUAUUCCAAAAACUGUACUCACUAUUUUAGCGCCAAUGUGUACACCUAUUUCAGUCUCUAGCAAAGUUGUUCAAUUACUUGCGAUAUUCCGUGCCAAAAAUGCGGAUACAGUGUCGCCAAUCACUUGGUUCAUCUCUGCAUUUACUAACUUAACGAGAGUAUUUACGAUAUGGAUGGACUCGGCGGACAUUAUAUUAUUAGCAAAUUUUAUCAUAUCUGUAAUUUUAAGUUCGAGCAUCAUGCUUUCCGCUAUUUAUUAUAGAUGGAAUAAAGUAAAACGAGAUUAAGAGUUCUUAAGUAACUCUUUAAAAUUAUAUAAUUAUACUGCAAAAAUGGCCUAGUCAAUAUACAUAUAUUAUAUUCAAUUUCUUGGAAUAGAAAUUUACGAAUUAACGAUAAACUGUACUUUGUUGGUAUUAUAUACUUAAUCUUCGAAUCUUAAUCUUAACGUUUCAAAUCAACGAGAUACUGUACAUACAUGCGUACAUGUUCAAAAUCAGAUAAAAAUGUUGUAGAAAAAUGAAAUGCAUAUUAUAACCGACUGUA